AUGAUUUUCUCUUCGCUUAUUGCUUCGGUGGCCGUGUUCGGCAGUGGCGUCAACAGCUUUGCCAUCCGGCAGAAUCCGCCUGCUUGGACGACGCUGCCGCCGACGCCGGAGCUGCCGGCGCCCAUCAGCACGGCGACGACGCUGAUCAACGGCGUCCAACUCUGGAUGCAAAAGUACAACGAGAAGGCCAACGCGAUCCCCAUUGUGAUGGACCACGGCGGUCUGGGCUACUCGGCGUACUUCGGGUCCGUCAUCUCGCGGCUCGUCGCCGACGGCUACUACGUCAUCGCCGUCGACCGCCGCGGCCACGGCCGCUCGACGUUCAACGCCGGCGACGUCUUCACCUUUGACCAGAUGGCCGUCGACAUCCACGACCAGCUCGCGCACGCCGGCGUCCCGCAGUACGACGUCGUCGGCUGGUCGGACGGCGCCAUGACGACGCUCGCGGCGCUCAUCAACCCCGUCACGGCGGCGCCCAUCCGCAAGGCGUUCGUCUUUGGCGGCGCCGCCAACCCCGAGGGCACCAACGCCACGUUCAGCGACACGGCCAUCUUUGCCGAGUUUGUGGCGCGCUGCCGCACCGAGUACGCGGCGCUGCAGCCCGGCGCCGACUUUACGGCCUUUGCCACAAAGGUCGGCACCAUGGAGGCCACGCUGCCGCAGUUCACCGACGAGCAGCUCGGCACCAUUGACGGGCGCCGCGUCAUCAUCGUCGGCGCCGAGCACGAGGAGGCCAUCAGCCUCGACACGCCGGCCCAGCUGCACAAGGCCAUCAAGGGCAGCAAGCUGCAGAUUCUCAAGGGCGUCAGCCACUUUGCGCCCAUGCAGGACCCUGUGCAGUUUACCCAGGCUGUGGAGGACUUUCUUUGCAAGGCGUAG